AUGGCAGAAGGCCAAGAAGAACCAAAAAAGAUUACAAUCACAGUAAAAACUCCAAAGGAAAAACAACAAGUAGAUGUCGAGGAAGAUGCGGAUAUUAAAAAACUCAAGGAAGUAUUGUCACCCAAAUUCAAUGCUGAACCAGAGCAACUCUGUCUCAUAUUCGCUGGUAAAAUAAUGAAUGAUGGCGAUACCUUGAAACAACAUAACAUCAAGGAUGGGCUAACUGUGCAUCUCGUGAUAAAAACUCCACCGAGACCAGAGCCUGAAGGCGGUACCCGUCGCCCCCCAGCGGAUGUAAGUGCUACUCCAUUUGGUCUGAACUCUUUGGGUGGUCUUGCUGGAUUGGAAAGCCUGGGUCUUGGUCAGAGCACUUUUAUGGACAUGCAGUCUCGGAUGCAGCAAGAGUUAUUAUCAAACCCUGAAAUGUUGAGGCAUGUUUUAGAUAAUCCAUUGGUUCAGCAAAUGAUGAAUGAUCCUGAAAAUAUGAGGACUCUUAUUACAUCUAAUCCUCAAAUGCAGGAUCUUAUGGCACGAAAUCCAGAGAUAAGUCAUAUGUUGAAUAAUCCUGACCUUCUUCGACAAACUAUGGAGUUGGCACGUAAUCCAGCUAUGCUUCAGGAGUUAAUGAGGUCUCAUGAUAGGGCACUGUCUAAUCUUGAAAGCAUACCAGGUGGUUAUAAUGCAUUACAAAGGAUGUAUCGUGAUAUACAAGAGCCUAUGUUAAAUGUUGCCAGCAGCAUGGCGGGAAAUCCAUUCUCGGGGCUAGUUGAUAACUCAGAUGGUACCAACCCUCAACAAGGAGCAGAAAAUCGUCAACCACUACCCAACCCUUGGCAGCGUGGAGGGGGAGCAGCUAGCACAGGGACUACAGGGGCAGGUGCAGCCACAGGCACUGGACCUGGUCUAAUCAACACUCCUGGAAUGCAGUCCUUACUGCAGCAAAUGUCGGAGAACCCUCGCUUAAUGCAAUCCAUGUUGUCUGCACCAUAUACUAAUAGUAUGCUGCAAGCUCUUGCUGCUGACCCAGAAAUGGCUUCACAACUUAUUAAUCAGAAUCCAAUGUUCGCCAAUAAUCCACAACUUCAGGAACAAAUUCGCACGAUGAUGCCUCAAAUGCUGACACAACUGCAAAACCCAGAAAUGCAACAAAUGAUGUCUAACCCACAGGCCUUAGGCGCUUUGCUGCAAAUCCAGCAGGGUAUGGAGCAGCUACGUGCGGCUGCUCCAAGUUUAGUGAAUAACUUGGGCUUUGGCGCCGCUGCUGCUACAGCUCAGCCACCCGCUACGCCUGCGCCUCCUACAAAUAACCCAGCUCAAGGUCGCCAGCAGCAGAACAGUGAGCUAUUUACCCAGUUUAUGCAACGGAUGAUGUCAUCGAUGUCCAACGAUCAGAAUAGUUCCCAGCAGCCGCCUGAACAGCGGUACUCACAGCAAUUGGAACAACUUGCCGCUAUGGGAUUUCUCAACCGGGACGCGAACUUGCAAGCAUUGAUCGCAACAUUUGGCGACGUGAAUGCGGCUGUGGAGAGGCUGCUGGCGCUUGGUCAGCUCUCUAUGAGCUAA